UCGCUCCAUUUUUCUCUCUUCUCCACAGUUCCCGAUUUUCCCUCUCCUUAAAUCUACGCACUCUGGCUCACGUAAUCCUCCGCUAUUCUGCAUCCAUUGCGCACGUUACCAAGCACUAUAACUCUGCUGCCCUCUUAUUCUCUACUAUGGCCUCUCUAUCUUCCCCGCCAACCCAAAACACCAUCGUCCAACCGGGACGGAUCCGGGUCAUCAAAGAAGGAUCCAGAGGGCAAGUGGGCGGUGGUCCUGUUGUUUACUGGAUGUUUAGAGAUCAACGACUUCAAGACAACUGGGCUUUGAUCCAUGCCGUUGAUCAGGCUAACAGGAGCAAUGUGCCUGUAGCUGUGGCAUUCAAUUUGUUUGAUCAGUUCUUGGGGGCCAAAGCAAGACAAUUAGGGUUUAUGUUAAGGGGUUUGUGUCAGCUUCAAAGUCAUAUUGAAGAGACACUUCAGAUCCCAUUUUUCUUGUUCCUGGGAGAAGCUGAAGAGACUAUACCAGCAUUCUUAAAAGACUGUGGGGCUUCACUUUUAGUUACUGAUUUUUCACCUCUUAGACAAUUUCGUACAUGCCAAGAUGAAAUUUGUAAGAGAGUAAGUGAUUCAGUGACCAUACAUGAAGUUGAUGCUCAUAAUGUUGUACCUAUUUGGGUGGCGUCAGAGAAGUUGGAAUACAGUGCUAGGACUUUAAGGGGUAAGAUAAAUAAAUUGCUACCUGAGUACCUCAUUGAUUUCCCAAUGUUACAACUGCCGAAGAACAAGUGGGUUGCAGCUACAAAGCAGUCAAUUGAUUGGAAUGAUCUCAUUGACAAUGUUUUGAGGAAAGGGGCAGAAGUUCCUGAAAUCAAAUGGUGUGAGCCAGGAGAAGAUGCAGCAAUGGAAGUGUUGAUGGGAAGUAAAGAUGGAUUCUUGACGCAAAGGUUGAAGAAUUAUUCUACAGAUAGGAAUAACCCACUAAAACCUAAAGGGCUCUCCGGUCUGUCUCCAUAUCUUCAUUUUGGGCAGAUUUCUGCACAGCGGUGUGCCUUGGAGGCACGUAAAGUGAGGAAUCUUAGCCCUCAGUCAGCCGAUGCAUUUUUGGAGGAGUUGAUUGUGCGUAGAGAACUUGCGGACAACUUUUGCUUUUACCAGCCCAAUUAUGAUUCCAUACAUGGGGCAUGGGAGUGGGCACGUAAGACCUUGGCUGACCAUGCUUCUGACAAGCGAGAACAUAUUUACUCGAAAGAGCAAUUAGAGAAGGCACAGACAGCUGAUCCUCUUUGGAAUGCUUCUCAGCUGGAGAUGGUUUGCCAUGGGAAGAUGCAUGGUUUCAUGCGUAUGUAUUGGGCGAAAAAGAUUCUUGAGUGGACAAGAGGGCCUGAAGAAGCCCUUGCGAUAUCCAUAUAUCUAAAUGACAAGUAUGAGAUAGAUGGGAGGGAUCCAGGUGGAUAUGUUGGUUGCAUGUGGUCAAUAUGUGGCAUCCACGAUCAGGGUUGGAAAGAGCGACCGAUUUUUGGGAAAAUACGUUAUAUGAACUAUGCAGGCUGCAAGCGGAAAUUUAAUGUUGAUGGAUACAUCACUUAUGUCAAGAGAAUUGUGGGCGACAUUAAGAAGAGAAAAGCGGAAAAUGAGCUCCACAAAACAAUGAAGGAGCUCCCCAAACCAAUGAGUCGCCGCUGAACCCCAACAACCUUCACAACUGGCGCGGUGCAGCUAACAUCUGAUGGUGCGCCAAAAACAUAAUAUCCAAAAGAUCAAACCAGGAUGCCAUAACAUCUUAUCACUAUCAUAUAUAGUACGGGAACUCAUUGUUUUCAGUUUCAAAAUUAGAUUGAUUUUUUUUUUCAGUUUUAUUUAGUAAAGCAAUAUUUAUACACGUAGUCAGUUUCUCU